UGUUUUUAUCAAAUAAGGGAUGACUCUUUUCCUUCUAGUCGAGCUAUGGCCAAUUCCAUCCCCACAGACAUACCGCACUGGACUGCUCUAGUUGCGGAGAAGAAGCAAAGGCAACUAGAAUCUAUUCCACGGGAGUGGAUUGUGACUCCACCUUCGGACUCUACUCUAGAUGUAUCUGCUUUUCCAGAGACAUCACCAAUACUUCCGGUGAAUGUUUUGUUGGAGAAACUUGCAAGUGCUGCAUGGACAGCUGUAGACGUGACCAUCGCAUUCUACAAGAGGGCCAUCGUUGCUCAUCAACUUGUCAAUUGCUUGACGGAAAUUUUUGUUGAUCGUGCAUUGGCCCGAGCGGCUGAACUCGAUGAUUACUUGAAGAACACAGGGAAGGUCGUUGGCCCCCUUCACGGGCUACCAAUCUCCCUGAAGGAUCAACUAUGUAUCAAGGGACUAGAAACCACCAUAGGGUAUGUUUCGUGGAUUGGGCAGUAUGCGGAUAAAAACGCAGUGCUGGUCGACGUUUUGAUUGAGUGCGGAGCUGUGCCAUUUGUCCGCACUAACGUUCCGCAAACCCUUGCAUGGCCAGAAACCUUCAACAAUGUCUUCGGCCGGACGACAAACCCAUACAACCGCGCUCUGACCUCGGGUGGGUCAUCAGGAGGAGAGGGUGCAUUAAUUGCCCUCAAAGGAAGCCCCUUGGGAGUUGGUUCUGAUCUCGGAGGCUCUGUUCGUAUUCCCUCUGCGUUCUGCGGCCUAUACGGCCUUAGACCAUCAUACGGGCGUGUACCGCACUAUGGUGCCCGUGGCACACUUGAUGGCCAAGACUCGGUUCUCCCCGUGUUCGGUCCCAUGACAAGCAGCGUCGUCGGUAUCAAAAUCUUCAUGAAAGCUGUGGUUAACGCUAAACCAUGGCUCAAUGACCCUCUUGUUAUUCGGAAGAAGUGGGACGAAGACGAGUACAAUCUUGUGGACCAUGGGUCUGGCAAGGAUUUGUGCUUUGCAAUUAUGUGGGAUGAUGGUGUCGUUGUUCCCCACCCACCUAUCAGGAGGUCUCUGGAAAUCGCCAAAGCGGCUCUUCAGAAGGCGGGCCACAAAGUUGUUGACUGGAAACCCAUCAAGCACAGGUUACUUGGAGAUAUUACGCGAGACAUCUGGAACGCCGCUUCCGCUGAGGAAUUCAUGGUCACGACCUCUGUCACGGGAGAACCAAUAAUUACAUCGAUGGAAUUGGACAACGCAGAUGCCGCGGUAUCAUCCUUCCGUCCUCAGAAUAGCGGCAUCACCGCAUACCAGCUCUGGCAAGUGCAGAAACUGCGUCAAAAUAUCCGGAAAGAAUAUUUAGACCACUGGGAAGCAACUGCGUCAGAGACUGGGACAGGACGGCCUGUCGACGCUAUCAUCUGUCCAGCUGCACCGUUUGCGGCAACUCCCCAUGGGAAGAACAGAUAUGUUGACUACACGGCCGUUUGGAAUGCGCUCGACUAUCCUGCCGCUAUUUUCCCUGUGACCACUGUCGACUCCACUCUCGAUAGGAAGGCGCCUCCUCAUGCUUUCUACGACGAGUUCGAUAAGGACGUUUACGAAAUGUAUGAUCCGGAGAAAUUCAAAAACGCCCCUGUUUGUUUGCAACUUGUCGGUCGGACUCUGGAAGAAGAGGCGGUCAUAAGGAUGACAGAAAUAGUCGAUGCGGCGAUGCCAACUGCAAAAUAAGUCCAAGGUAUACCUUCAAAACGCAGAGCACUGAUUAUGAAUUCAUACUGAAUAUACCCCUUGGUCCAGUAUAUGUUGUAUCUUAUUGGCGCUGGCACGCAUAUUGAACUACUACUUUGCAUUGUGGUCUCACACGAAGUCCCUCACCUGAUCCUUGAACCACGCCUUAUCUCGUGACAGACGGU